CUGUUAUAUACAUGUACUAUGAGAUCAUUUGCGUAAGCAUAUGAUGGCUCACGCGGACAUCAAGCCAUUUGUGUGCGAUUGGCCCAACUGUUCAUAUAAAGCGGUUUCCAUGAGUUAUGUGACUAAUCAUAAAAAGACUCAUACGGGAGAGAAGAACUUCGAGUGCGGGUACAACGGCUGUAAUAAGCGGUUUGUGAAGUCCAGUCACGUGAACCGACACCAACAGAAAUGUCAUCCCGAAAUGAUGGGCCAAACCAUCAUUGACUCCAAUGAAGAGGUCGAGGUCUAUAACAUCAGUACAAUCGAGAUAUGAUUGUCUCUCACUCUUCGCUUUACUUUUAUUUGUUUCAAAUCAAAACUUAUAUAAUUGUAAUCGACUCUAGAAUAAUUGGCUUAAAUUUUAUUUAUCAAUCAAAAC